AUGCACGCAAUCAUCAAAGCCCAGUCAUUACUAUGGCUCCUGUACACCACCACAGCAACAGCACAAUACGUACUGGACAGCCUAUCCUUCGGCCACCAGUCCACACUAUCGCCCAAUGGCCGCGCACUCCCAGGUUGGCAUCUGAGCGGCGAGAACCAUCAAAUCCAACUCCUGAGUGAUCGCGUGAUCCUCACCCCUCCUUACCCAGGAAACGCUCGAGGCGCCAUCUGGUCAGACAACGCCGUCUCCUCAAAAGAAUGGACUGCGGAUAUCGAGUUCAGAGCAUCAGGGCAAGAUCAAGGAACUGGAAACCUCAACAUUUGGUUCACGAAGGAUAAGAAUAUAGGCACAAGCAGCGUCUACAACGUCGAGCACUUCGAUGGUCUAGCACUAGUACUAGACCAAUAUGGUGGCACAGGUGGCAAACUUCGAGGCUUCCUGAACGAUGGGAGUCAGAAUUACAAGGCACACAACACCCUCGAAUCCCUAGCCUUCGGGCACUGCGACUUUAGCUACCGCAACCUUGGACGUACAAGCAAAAUCCGUAUCACGAACCACAACGGUCUCGGCGUCAGUGUAGACGACAAGGAAUGUUUCCGAAGCGAUCGCAUCUCCCUACCUGAGCGAUACUACUUUGGCAUUACAGGGGCGACAUCCGAAAAUCCGGACAGUUUCGAGGUCAACAAAUUCGUCGUCUCCACGCCUGUACCCUCGGCAUCACAACAUCUGAAUGAUCCUCAAGCGAAAUCAGGCAUGCCACCGACCUUGGAAAAACUGGACAGGUUCCCUGGGUCCGUCCAGGCCCUGCCCGACCGAGUAGCAGAAGAAAUCAAAUCCCAAUCCGACCAAUUCGCCGAUCUACACAACAGACUACAAGGCCUAACCCACCAAAUCGCAAACAUGUUCGGGGAGUUCGAUGCCCUGAGUCGGAAGAUCGAAGAGAAGCACUCGCAGGUCCUUUCGGCUCUCCCAGCCCCUGGCGCCGCCUCACCACAGCAGGGAGGUGCGACGGCGGCCGAUUACAACGAUCUGAAACGCAAGAUGGAGGGGAUCGAGCGGACGGUGCAGCAGAUCCAGAGGGAUGUGGAGGGGAAGGAUUACAAGCAGCAUUUGAAUGAUUUGCAGAUGGCUGUGGAUGGGAUUAAAGGGGGGUUGACGGAGCACUUGCCUGAUACGCUUUCGAGGAUGAUUCAUGCUUCCUCUCCCAAGAUGGGGAUGUUCAUUUUCGUUGUGCUGGCUUUCCAGGUCAUGUUGGCGGGUGCGUACAUUGUGUAUAAGAGGAGGAGGAAUGGUAUGCCGAAGAAGUACUUGUAG